UGAAAAGUUUGUUGUGGAAUUGGAAAGACAACUGUUUUUUACUUUGUCGUUCUGUUGUCUGGGUUUCCGUUAUUUUAUCAGCUCGCAAAAUAGGCCUGCUAGGCGAAAGCCCUGCAUGCAGUACAAAUGAACAGUUCCGCUAUACAUGCUUGGUAAUCUCCGAAAUACUACGCCUCGUGAACGAUCUGCGGUGGAACAGAUUUUAGUCGUAAAGCAUUCUAUUAUUUGACGCGACCGGAGUCCAGUCGUGCCCAAGGGCAAGGAGAACUCCCUGAUCUCAUUGUUGCCCCAGUAAUAAUAACUGUUGUUGAAUGUUGGAGCCAGCGAGGAUGUCUUCAUACGAAAUGCCUAUGCCAGGUGGUGAUAACUGUUCUUGUAUGCCGAUGGAGAUGAUGAUGCAGAUGACCUUCUCAGCAAGCAAGAAAGUCACAAUUCUCUUCAGUGGCUGGGAAGUGGAAGAAUCAUGGCAACUGAUCCUAUCCUGCGUGUGCGUGUUCCUGCUGGCGUUUCUGUACGAGGUAUUGAAGACGUGUCGUGAUCGAUUUACCGAGCGGGUUCACCGCCGUUCCUUCCAGAACCUGAAUGAUCAUGACGUAAAGGGCUGCCAUGGUCGAACGUACAAUGUUAGUAGGGUGGACGCUUUCUCGCAGACGCUGCUGCAAGCGCUGUCAUUCACACUUGCCUAUCUGUUGAUGCUGGUCGUCAUGACCUACAAUGUCUACCUCUUUCUGGCCGUCAUUCUCGGCGAUGCAGUCGGUUACUAUGUAACACUCAACUUGCGGCCGUCUCCAGGACUUGCGUCUUCAGAGGGAGACCAUUGUCACUAGGUGGCGUGAGUAGUUGCCAAUCCCUUCCCUUCUACAGAGCUUGCGUGAUUCACCUUGCAGCAAAGUGAAAUGUUGCCGUAACGAAUUUUGUUCGAGAGGCUUGUACCCGUAUUUAGGAAUUUAUUUGUUGUCCUGUCAAUCUCUCUCUUUCUCACACAUCCACAUGCUCACGUUCACACACCUACUUUAUUUUUUUUGGAAAAAAAAUUCGGUUUUAGCCCGGUGCAUCAUGACAUCAUUGGAAUGCGGUAUAUGUACAGAAUUGCUCCACUGCUUUUUAAAGUGUAGUCCAUUACUUGAGCCUUCAUAUUAUGUGCGUGCGUGGGUAUGUGUUCAUUUUUUAAUAUUUCAUCACUAGUAUUUAGAGAGAGAGAGAGAGAGAGAGAGAGAGAGAGAGAGAGAGAGAGAGAGAGAGAGAGAGAGAGAGAGAGAGAGAGAGAGAGAGAGAGAGAGAGAGAGAGUGUGUGUGUGUGUGUGUGUGUGUUUUGCGAUGUUGCUAGCGUAUCACACAGCUGUUUUAGUUCUUUCUUAGAACUUGUUUUGUUACAAACUUAGAAGUUGCGGCUUUCGUUUUGGUACCUUCAUUUUAAUAGUCAGCAUAUUUUCCUAGGGACUGGAUGUAUAGAAUUAUUUUUGUGCGGUUUCAUUGCGGCCACUGCCCUAACAAGUCUGCUUGUCUGCGUGUGCUAAUGCCCUCCGAGGUCAGGUACUUCACUUAUGAGUCGCACUUCACUGUCGACAUCCUGGAUGAUCCUUGCAACCUGAGAAGUUUAUGAAAUACCAGACGAAUAGCUUCUGGGUCUUCUA